AUGAAGAAGCUUCUCACAAAUAAGAAGACGAUCUCGCUGGGCCCCCUGCUGAGAGUGGCCCAGGCGUGUGACCGGUGUCGAGCCAAGAAGACCCGCUGCGACGGCCGCAACCCCUGUUCCCAGUGCGUUACCGUGGGACUAGAGUGUAUCGUGCUGGAUAAGCUCCUGCGACGAGCGUUCCCAAAAGGGUACACUGAAACCCUCGAAGAGAGAAUCCGGCAACUCGAAGCGGAAAACAAAAAGCUAGCAGCGAUGCUCGACGUCAGAGACGAACAACUUGAGCUCGCCACCCCCUCGGUCGAUUUCGACCCGCUGCCCGCCCCUGAAGCGCAAUUAACUAAAGAUAACUUAGCCCAGCUCGACGACACGAGAUGUCCCUGUGGCUGUGCCAAUCCGCUAGCUCACGACCGACCCGUCCUGUUAGCUGGUUCCGUAUACGACCAAGCGCCCUCUAUAACUGGCCUGAUUGCUGGGUCAUUACACGACUUACAAGUGAGUGAUGAUGCUGAUGAUUUUGGUAUUGCUCCGAGAGCAUUCGCCGCCGCUACCGCCAUCGCUAAUAUGAACCGGUACCAUGAACUGAGCCAACAACAGAGGACAAUGCAAUUAACUCAGUUGGUCGCGAUUCUGAGCCCACGUCUGACUGAAGAAACGCUAUUUAUUCCUCAGUUGCUUGCUCGUAUUUGUCAACAAUAUGGCUACCUGCUGAAACCAGCAGUGUUGGCGGCUAAUUGUCUUGCUCUGUUGAAACUUGCGCCACCUCCCAGAGCGCCCAAACAACACCCGCUGCCCCUCGUAAUGAACCGAAAUAUCGUUAAAUUGGACGAUUUGGAAGCGGUACAGUUCAUCUACGGACUUGAUUUACCGCCUAAAGUGGAACUUGAUCGUCUUACAACGUUGUACUUCCAACAUUGGCACUUACCGAUCGUUACUGAGGCGAAGUUUGGUCCUAAUUACGCCGUGCUUACGCUGAUCUUAGAGACUGGACGGUGUCCCACUUCAUCCAGUGAUGGCUAUGAUUCUAUUGAGAAAUUUGGUGCGCUUAUGGUACUUGUGGUGGCAUUAGCGCUGAUGCUGACACGCACUAAUUUAGCCAGUUUAAGCCAUUAUGAUGACCUAAUCAGAGAAUUCAUAAAGCCUAAUUGUGUCGUCACGGCUCACUGUCUGAUGCUGCUGCUCCAAGUGCUUGCCCUUGCUCUCCAGUACUUCUUGGUGGUGGGAGAUAUUGCUACCUGCUAUGAGCUUAGAGGCCGAGUAAUCACUAUGGCUCAACAGUUGCGCCUCCACCGGUGUCCCGCUGCCGUAUUGGGGAUAACCGGUAGUGCUGGUGACGAUAUGCAAGCCGAGAGACGGAUCUUGUUCUGGUGUGUCUACUGUCUCGAUAUCUACGCCUCCCUCAAUUUGGGGGUUCCUCGCUUAUUAAAGGACUUUGAAAUUGAGUGUGCAAUGCCAUUUACCAAUAACGAUGAAGGCAAUAACGUUAGUAUCUUGGUGAUUAACAAUACCCGACUCCCCAUCGUCGGGAAAGUGCUGAAAUUGGCCCACGCGUUUAUGCUGUACUGUAAAGUGUUGGGGACAAUAUUAGAUGUCAUUUUUUCUCGUGAUGACCACGCCCAUACUCAGGCUCACGCCGUCGAACGUGAUCGUCUAUUAGAAGGGUGGAGACGUGAUUUGGCCCCAGAACUUAGGUUCAACGUUGAUAUUAAUGGCUUUUCCGUAAAGGACUCAGGCCUGCUGCUGAAUGCCGACCUGAUCUGGCGUCAGUACCUGGUACCUCAACUCACGUUGAUCUACGUCUACUUCCACGCGAAAAUCCUCAUCUACUUACCGAUCCUCUCAAAGUAUGGCGCUCAUCAUGACGUGGGGUUAUCACAAAAGGAAAAGCUUACAAAGGGAGAUGUGGGUGCUCACUCAGUACUGCUGCUGGGACUGAUGGUACAACAACUGCUGAUCCAAAUAUUGGAAGUGCUUAACCUGUUUGUCAAAAAUGCCGAACUGCCAUUACUCCCUUUACCGUUAAAUAUCGCUCAGGAACAAGCGAGAUUCGCCCUUAUCGUUGCCAAGGGGCUGCUUGAUUAUACUAAAGGAGGACCGUUAUAUGUCCACGCCAAACAGCUUUUAUUGGAUACGCUUUUAGGCCUUGCUGAGAGUCAUAGUGGCGACUACGUAUUGGGUAAUUUGACUCGUGAAGCACUCAAAUUGCUUGAAUACGCUGUGCUCUCAAUAUUGGGGGUGAACAUCGAUAAACACAAAAAGCGACCGAUUUCCGUCAAAUCGUCCGCCGUAGCUGCCAGAGAAGCCAGCUACGAUCCUGCAUCGACGUCAUCGGCGUCGUCGUCUCAUACCACCCUGGUGGUGGUACCUCAAGCGUGUACCAAUGGCAUGGCCAAUACGUCUAAUCUGCUGCGUCCGUUCACUCCUGAUUUCGAUGACCUUGAUGCCAUCCUUGCGUUUGACCCGUAUAAUACGCUGAAGAACCCUCAAUUCAUUAAGAACGAGUUUGGUGCCGAUGGCUCAUUUGGGCUCGUUCCGGUAUUAGAUGACUGGACGGGGUUUGACACCUCCCACGGCAUGUUCUCCCAAGAGUAA